CGCGGCGCGGUACACCCACCAAGACUGUCACUCGCCUCUUGAUAUGUCUCGAUCAUCUGGUCUGUAUAGUCUUCCAAUAAAGCAACAAUCCAUUCGACCUGGGCAGAUGCAAUGACAAGAUGUCGACAGCAACGCAUAGCCCGCUCGUUCACGACGGCUCUGUCAGAGAUGAGAGCGACGACAUGAUCGUGGACCCGUCGAGUCAGCCCGCCUGGAGCAGCGAGCAACCAUCUGCGCCCAAUGUGAUCGAGAUCCUCAAGGCUUUCUUUGCAGCGCAAGAGCAGCGCCGAUCUCACUGGGCAGAGUUCGAUGAUGCAUUGGCAUCCAUCAACUCCCCUGCGGAUGCGGCGUCAAACAGUGCUCGAUCCGGCCAGCAUCACUCUUCCUCUGCCCAGGCCGACGCACACGACUCGCCCGCAACCUCAGCAAGAGGCUGUCAAGCAUGCAGUGCCCAGUCUCUUUCAUCGCUCCCGCUCACAGAGACAGACCUGCCAAGAAUCCUAUCCCUCGUCACUGCCGGCCUUCUCGACGCCUCUCAUCGCGUUCGCACGUGCUCUACGGAAUUGCGCGGCAGGCAAGAAGAGGACCUCGCAACUUCAGUGGAUCGCGUUCAGGAUCUGGAGAACGAUGUGCUAAGGAGCGUCGUGCGAAUCGAGACUAUCAGAAGGGACGGCCAGAGGGAUCACCAUGACGAAGUGCAACAAUGCUCAGACAGGAUCCGCUCAUGCAGAGAGGAGAUUCAGGAGGCAUGUGCAGAGAUACAGGCCGAGCUGGCCGAGCGGACACUCGAGACGGCAGAAUAGAUGGAGAGCAUAUGUGAUUGCUCUAAUGAGCUGUAAGCGAGCGACGCGCUCAGGCUUCGUUGAGAAGCGAGGCUGCGACGGACGAGAUAGAGGGAAGACAAAGGCAAGAUGCGAAGCCAGGUGUAUGCUGUUGAAAGACGGUGACGUUGGUUUGCUGCUGGUGUACAUCUUGUUGUGGUGUGGAACAUUGAUCAUCAAGGCGAAAUAGUGAGACCGACCGCGCAUGCGCCCGUAAGCAUGCCCGGUGGCUGGACGGAAAGGGACAAGAAAGGGACAAGAAAGAGACAGGAGGCGAGCCCUCUAUUUCUUCUUACUUUCCUCAAACGCAUAGUCGGCCACAUCACCGCAUUCACAAAUGAGGUUCAUAUCGCCGUGG